GUAUGGUAUUCAUCGAUUUUAUCGGCUUGCACUUGUAUUGGUUUGCGGUAGACGAAGGCGUAGAGCGAAAUAAUAAACAUAAAUUAUGUCGAGUCUUAUAAACAAUCUGCUGUUUCAAUUAUAGUUGAUAUUGGAUGCAAGUGUGUGCGUGUGCGCUUAAUUAUGCAAAGCAUAGCAGCUAAAGGCGGCGGUGAAAGUGUUGUUGUUGUUGCAACGAAAUUGUGGUUCAAUUUGUUGUUGCAUUCACGCAAUGGCAGCAAUGAUCAAAUUGCCCAAAUAAAGCCAUCGAAGUGAGAUAGAAAGAGAGAGAGAGUGAGAGAAGAGCAAAACAAGUGCAAAGUAAAAAAAACAUUUAGCGCUUUUCUUUUAAUUAUUUUUCGGUUUUUUCCCCACUGUAUGCCAAUCAACUUGCAGUGCUUACAAGUUACAUAUGUAUGUGUGCAAUAAGUUCAAGGAAAGCACAAAGCAAAAUGCAAGAAACAGAGUGUGCAAUGCAGUAAAAUAAAUGCAAUGUUCAAAUAAAACUAAAAUCACAGUUAAAUCUGUGAGUGUGCAAUAUAUAAUAAAUAUAUAUUUAAAGUCGAAUUAAGUGCAAAAAAAAUAAAUGAAAACCCAGCAAAAUAAUCAAUGUGCGAAAGUUUGCCAUUAUCCGCUGUAAGCUUUCGCGUGAGCAGAGGCAGCGGCAUAAGCAACAAUCGCAGUCGCAGCGCAGUACCAGCAACAAAGCACAGCUGAGCGACAACGUUAAUGUCGACGUCGUUAUCUAUGCUUAUUUGAGUGUGUGUGUGCGUGUGUAAGGUGGAGGAGGCAAAUAACAGCAGUAGCGAGCAGAAGAAGAAGCAGCAGCCCAAAAGCGGAUCGAAAGCAGAGCAGCAAAUCAAUCGAGUUGUUGUUGUUAUGUGAAACUGAAAUUGAAAAUAAACUGCCAUAAUGUCAAAUUGAAGCAACAAAUUGAUGGGCAAUCAACAAUAAUAUAUGUACAAACAAAUGUACAUAUAUUAAACAGAGAGCGGGGGCAACCUUGCAAAGUCUAUGCUCUUCUUAUUUAAUUCGUUUGUUAAACGCAACAAAGCUAAAAUAAUGGAUUUUUAACAUAGUAAAAGAGCGUACUUCUGGUGCAGGUGUGAAGAGGACGACGAAUUAACAUCUACAAGUUGAAGUAGGAGAUCAGCAGCAGCAGCAAGGAGCUUUCGAAGAGAGAGAGAGAGACGAGUAAAAGAGACAACACGAGAUGAUACCCACAAGCGUUACAAACUCUCCGCCCGCCGCUGGCUUGGCGCAGAAUGGUGCAGCAAUUGUUGGUGGCAGCGCAGUAGCAGCAGCAGCAGCAGCGGCAGCGUCAUCGACUGUGACGUCACAGCAGAACAACUACAAUUGCAUUGUGCUUGGCCUGGCAUCCUUGAUCCUUGAGGGCCGACCAAUAGCCGAUGAUGAGUUUCAGUUGCAGUCGCAGUUGCAGUCGCAGUUGCAGUCGGCGUCAGCGUCGCAGCUGACGUCAGCAGCUGUAAGUGGACGCCUCUCGCCACGCCCCUCCACAUCACGUGCAGCGAUUAAUAUAACAACGAAUCCUUAUGCCUUGAACACGACACGUUCCACAUAUGGAACAUAUGCCACAAGUGGCAGCAGCAGCAGCGGUAGCAGCAGCAAUAAUCAUGCAACACAUCAACGUUGGACGCAAAAGCUCUGCCAGCUGCGUCAGGUGUCGCCGGCAGCGCAGAGCAUGAGCGUCGAGCCGGAACUGGUUGCAUUGGCCAUCAAUGAGCUGGAUCGCCGGGACUUUGAGAUUGUCCGACGUGUCAUGUUGAAUCGGGCAGGAGGAGUAGGAGGAGGAGGAGCUGGAGGUGGAAUAGGAGUAGGAGGUGGAGGUGGAGGUGGCAUAGGAGCAGCUACAAGUGAACAACUGAGCAGCAGCAAUUUAAGCGCUGGCAGUUCAACUGGUUCCGACUCCGGUUCAGGCUCUGCUGCUGGUUCCGUUUCCAGUGCACUUUCGAUUUCCGGCUCCGAUAACAUUUUGCACUCGCUACAAUCGCUGGCCACAACAUGUCUGCGAGGUGGCAACGCCAACUCCGAGACGCGUCCUCAAAGUCUCGCUCUAGGAGGCGGCUAUGCCACGCCCACAGCAAACACAGCGACAGCAGCAGCAACAACAGUGAGUGCGGCAAGUUUGCUGAUCGAUUACAAUUGCAGUCGCAGCACAAGUGGAGCAGGAAAAGCAGUAGAAAUGGGAGUAGGAAUGGCAGCAAGAGCAGUAGAUAUAGGAAUAAGAGGAGUAGAAAAAGGAGUAGGAGUAGGAGGAGUACGUGCAGCAGCCACAUCAACAGCCACUGCCAGCAGCGAUGCAGCUGGAAAUGUUAACGGUAACGGUAAUAAUUCCAGCUGCGCAGCGACUGCGAGGCCCAAACAUGGGCCACACUGUGAUCAGUUCCUCAGAAAAAUGGGUCUCGCCAAGGGCGGCGACUCCAACGAACCUGAGGAGCAUUUCUGUGAUAUGUCUUACGUAAAUAUAACCUGUUCCCGUUGGCGCGCCCAUUGUCUGAAAAUGGAGGCCAUUUUGGCGCGACGGGAGAAUGUCUGCAUUGAGGUUUAUCUCGGUCCUGCAGGCCAUAAGAUUCUACUGGAGCAAUGGAUCAUUAGCGGCAAGGAGAAGGUGCCACCGCCUACGAUGACACUUCCAUCGCUGUGCAGCGCAAUUCGGAGUCAGUUGUACUUCUCGCAGAUUGUGGCAUGGUGUGAUCUGUUGCGCAAAGGUGAUGCCUCGGUCUAUGAUAGUGGCAGGGUGAUCUUUGGCAACGGCAGCACGAGCAAUGCCGGCGAUCUGGCUGGACACAAUCCCAAUCCGAGUCCAAAUUCAAGUGCAACAGCCACUUCAGCUUUAAAUGCAAGUUCAACAGCAAUGCGAAGACCUCGUCUCAAUAUUUUCUAUAGGAUUCGAGCACAUGAUGGUGGCAACUCUGGCGCUGGAGAUGCGGGCUUCAGUGCCAAGGCAAAUGUGCAUAAUUUUCCGCAUGUCAAUAUUGCCGAGAACUUUAGUGUGGCCGUGUGCGUGAAGAGUUUGCCGCGUUUCAAUGGCGGCUUGCCACAUGUGGCACCACCCACCAUGUUGCUGGUGUCCAAGCCAAGAACUCUGCGUGCCACGCCCACUGCCAGCACGCCCACAGGCGGUGGUGGCAUGUGUGCAGUGACGCCCACUGGAUUGGGAGCCAGGAUUGCCAACAGCUGUGAUAAAAAUCUAAAAAAGGAGCUCGAAGAGGAGGAGGAAUUGGCGGAGGAGGAGGAAGGCAGUCGUGGAGGAGAUGAAUUGGAUGGACAUCGAGAGAGACAACUGCAAAAAUAUAGAAAGAGAAUGCAGCGACGUGAUAAAAAGAGAGAGCGCAAAGCAUCAGAGCAAAUGGAGGCAAUGGAUGAGGGAAGUGAUCAUAAUAUAAUAAUGACAACGAUGACCUCAACACCAUCCACACAAUCCACACCACCAACACCACCCACAAUGAUCUCGACGGGCACACAGACAUCGCUGAGCAGCUGUCAGCAAUGUGGAAGCGAGAAGACACUACUCUGUCUCAACUGCUCAACUGAUGAGGCGGGAAAUGGCAAUGGAAAUGAGUGUGGAAAUGAUGUUGAAAUUAGAAAUAAUAGAAUUGAUAAUGGCAAGGAUACUGAUGUUGACAGUGCAUCGGAUAUGGAUGACAUGUCCAGCUGUAGUCUGAGCAGCUCCGAUCUCAUUGUUGGUACACCGCGCAACAAGGCCGAGUUGUUGCUUCAGGCCAUACAGCGAACGCCAAAGAAUCGCAAGGACAACACUCCGAAAGCAGCCACAACAACACUUGCAACAACAGCAGCAACAACAACAGCCUCAAACGAUCUCAAUGCAACGUCGCAUUCAAAUUCACAAUUAAAUCCACUUUUAAAUCCAAAUCAAAACAACAAUCAACACCAACCAACAACAGCAACAACAACAACAACAACUGCAAACACAAGCGGCUGUCAAGUGUGCAAACGUCAAAAGACGCAACAUCAUUUCAGUAAUGGCCAAAACAUCUCGAGCCAAUCAAAUGGACAUGACAACAGCAGCAGCAUGGAUGAGGAGCCAGAAGAACAGUCUACAUCGACAACAAAACUGACGCCAAAUUUCGAUCGUUGCACGUUGAAUGGACAACAGGAGCGUUGCCAGACGCCACCAGAUGUGGCAGGAAUUGGAAUUGGAACUGGAACUGGAACUGGAUGUGAAGGAUCUUCCUUGUUGGAUGAGCGCAUUGUGGUGCAAUUCAAGACACCAAUUAGCCAUGUGCCGCUCAAGUUGCAGGAGUAUCAACAGCAACAUCAGCUGCCACUAUCGAUGCCAAAGGUGCCACAUCAGUUGCGCUUGAAUUGUGGAGCAGCUGCCUCAUUGCUGGACAGGGAGACGCCACCGCCAAUGUUGUCGCCAUUGUUGCGCAAAGCGUUGCCCAAGGUCAAUUUGACCACGAUCUUUUGCAGCUCCUCGUCCGCUCCAAUUGCCAUUGAUAACAAUGUGGCAUUUUGCUUUGAGCCAUCAUCCACAUCCACAUCAUCCUCGUCGCAAUCGCUGUUGACGCCACCGGAACUGGCCAAUCUUCCGGUGCAGAAAUCAUACUCGGCUCCCACAUUGCCCAAUGCAUUGUCCGUGUCUCCCAGAUUUGCCAAACAGGCGGCAUUCUAUAAGCGUCGAUCGCGUCAUCUCAGCGAUCGUUCGGAUCGCAGCUCUCUUGGUUCCGAUGAGCAGUUGUCGGACGAGGAUCUGGAGUCGGGCAUGUGCAGUCCGGCGGGUUCGCCGCUCAAGACCCGUGCCCGGCUCGUCUCACAGUUUACGGGUCGACCGUUGCUCGGCAAUCUGGAGGAAUCGUUGCUGCAGAAGCGUCUGUUGCCCAAAAUUGAAGUCGCUGGAUUUCGUUUGCAGUUGGGCGCCUCGGGUGGAUUUUGUCCCACACAAUUGACCAUUCCGGCAUCCUCGUAUUUCUAUGAACUGCACGGCGAGACGCUCAGCACACCCUAUCUGUGCGAGAUUCGUUUGCCACGCAAGGGUUACUUUGUGCCACGUUCGGGCACAGUGCAGGCCACGUUGUUAAAUCCGAUGGGGACGGUGGUGCGCAUGUUUGUGAUACCCUAUGACAUGCACGAUAUGCCGCCCCUGCAUCGCACCUUCAUCCGUCAACGCAUCCUGGCCGAGGAGCUGCCCGGUGUCAAUUCCUGCACUGGCAUCCUUAGUCUGCCACAUCGCGAAAGACAGCGGGAAUUGGAAAAGGAACGGGAAUGCCAACGGGAACCUGGCAGUCCGACAGCGACGAGCACCACCAGCAAAUUGGGACACUUUAUCAGUGCCGAGCAAAUGAAGCGACUUCGCUAUUCCAUACACCUGAGAUUCCAGACAUCCCGGUCGGGCCGUCUGUCGCUGCACACGGACAUCCGUUUGCUGAUCUCGAGGCGGACGGACUGCGAUACGGCGGCGGCGCAUGCGAAGGGUUUGUUGGAGGCGCCCAAUGAGCUGGUGACGGACACGUUGAUGCCGACGGAGCCGCGUUACAGUGCGCGACAGGAGAGUGCGUCCAAGAUUUAGUAGUUGCUGAACGCCCUAAUGGGCGUGGCAUGUGGCAGCAACGGCGGUGGCAGCUUUAUGCGACGCCUGUGGAAGCAACUGCAGGCGCGUUGGCAACUCUGGCAGCAAUAUCCCAAAUAUCAACUGUAGUGUAUAUUGAAUAUUCGUUACGAUUUGACGGCGGGAAUUGAGACAACUUCCCCUCAACACACCCACACACGCACACACACAUACACACACACACCUUGCUUUAUUAGUUAUCCAAUUUUUUGUUAAGUCCACAAAUUUAGUUUGAAUUUGAAUUUUGUUAAUGCUAAAAGAAAGAAAGAAAGAAAAAAAACAUUACGAAAGCCCAUAUAUAUUUAAAAAUAUAUAUAACUAUGGGUCUAUAAUUUAUUAUAAAAAACAAUUUGAUGGAAAAUAUUAUGAUGCAGAAGAACCAGAAGAAAUAUCUCAACUUACACUUUACACUGAAUUUUUGGGGGUCCAUAUAGAAAGCAAAAAAAAAAAAAAUGGUAAAAUAGCAAUACUAAGAAUUAUUAACAACAAAAUCAUACAUAUAUAGUAUACUAUAUGCAAUGCAAGUGUGUUUGGAUAAAUCGAAUGAAUGAGUGAAUACUAUUAAUCAAAUGAAAAAGCAAAUCAUAAAAAAGCACAUGAUAGAGUUUUUGAGCUAGAAAAUAUAUAAUCUACUCUAAUAUUGUGUUGUGUAUGAGAAUUUGAAUCAAUCAAAGCAUUCAUUUCAAUUGAUUGAUUCAUUUACUCAUUCAUAGUUAUUCACAACUUGAAAGUAGACUCGAAUGUGUAAGCAUAUAUAUGCCUAUAUAUUUAUUGAUGUAUAUGUAUUUGAAAAGCAGUUUUAAAAAGAAUCAAUUGCAGUAGUAUUUAGCGAAAGGAAAGGCAGAAAAUGUGAGAGAAAGAGAGUUGGAGAAUGUGAGAGAAAAUAGAGAGGGGGCAGGCUCAUAUCGAUCGUUGUUGUUAGCGUAGUGUAUGAAUCUUAAUAAUUGUCGAAAAACAUUCAAGUGUUCAAAUUAAAAUUUUAAAUUCAGCUGUGUAUGUAGUUAGUUUUUUAAUUUUUUCAAUAUUUUGAAAAUUCUUUCUUUGAGUGUAUUUUUUGAAGAGCGUGCCUGUGAUACGAUAUGAGCUGCCUGAUGAAUUAAAAAAUACAAGCAUAUUUCAAUAAAUAAUAAUAAUUUAAAAAAAAAAAUGCGUAGAACUUUAGUUAAAUACAAUUCAAGAAUUUAUGUUCUUUACAACAAAUGCAAUCUACUUGAUAAUUCGUUUGUUUUUCUUGUGCUUUAGCAUCAAUCAAGCAAUCAAUCAGUUAAUCACAAUGAUUGUGUGUAAUUGUAAGCACAACUGUACUUCAAUAAUAUGAAAUAGUUACAUACAUAUAAUUGUCUCUGUCUCUGUGUUAAAUUCUAAUACUAAAAUCUUAUUUCAAUUGAUACCUGACUAUAAACUAUGUAUAACUAACUCUACCACUAUUAACAAAUUUUCAAUUAAGUGGUAAACAAAACCAAUAAACAAAAGAUGAAUAAAAUACAUUAAAUAUACACACACACACACACAGCAACACCCACUAAAUACAAAUCUUUAUUUUUGUUCAACUUGUUUAUGUGUUUUUAAGUAGAGAGCUUAAUGUGCCCAGUCAAUAGCAAUUGUACGAGAAUAACACCAAUAUACAAAAUGAUUCAAAUAAAAAGUUUUGUGUUUUUAAUCAAAAA